GCGCCAAACGCGGAACAAAGAGCUUUCCAUAAUUCAGUCAGAGAGUUCGCAAGAUUUGCAGGCAAAAUAAGCCGAGUUUCCAGAUUUCUGAAGUCCUCUGUUUUUGUUGCUGAAAUAUUCGCUUCUUUAUCAAUAGGACACAUGUACAGGAUUUGAAAAGAUGGGGAAGAAAAAGAGAGGACCAGUUGGAACAAAGAAAGGGACGCUGCGUAUAGCCCCAUGUAUCAUGAUACGAGACGGAGGCAGGUACCGGAUAUGGGUCAGCGAAGCAACGAUGAAAGGUCUUCUUGAGGUUCAGAGUCAACUCUUGUUGAGUUCAUAUGAUGAGGUCCUGAGUGUACUGCUUGCAAGUUAUAAAGAGAUAUCAGGCAGAAGGCACAAAGCUCAAAGUGAGAGGCUGAAUGAUUGGUGCUGGAACAGCCCAGUGCAACGAACAGACUCCUGUGAACAAUCUUCAAGUAGUACAAUGCAAUCAGCAACAUCAUUCACGGUCCAUAGAGAGAAAUCCAGUAAACCAGCUCCAGUAGGAAUCAUUGGUAACAAGAAGGCCACUUCCAAGAGAGAGCGACAGCUUUGUGAGACCACCAGCAUUGUGAAGGAAGAAUAUUUGGAAGACACUUUGACAGAACAGGAUCCCUUGCAGGAAGGCAAGUCAGAAGACUGUAGGACAGAGAGUGAAGGAACUCUUCAGAAGUCUGGACAACCAAGAGAACUUGAAGGGUUUUUCUUGGAGCAUGGUAAUCUGGAAGAUAGACAGACACCCUUGCUAGAAGACAAGUCUGGAGAUGGUAGGACUGAGAGGGAAAGAAGUCUUCAGAUGUCUGAAAAUCCAAGAGGAACAUCCGAGACUUCCUUGGAUCGUGAAAGUAGACUGACAGGAGAAAGUAGGUCUACGGUACUAUCAACGCAAAAUCAGCAAGAAGGUCCUGAUACUUCCAUGAAGGAAGAAGAGUCAGAAGACGACUUGUCCUAUGCAGAUUAUGAUAUUAGUGAUGAUGGCGAUGAUAACCACAAGAACCUAGUGCAUCCGUCAAAUGAAGGGGACUCGAGGUCCUCCACGUUCUUGAUGAAGAAAGAACCUGAGGAUGAUGGUAGUUCUGGUGGUGGAAAAGCCAAUCUGCAUGAAACAUCAUCCUGCAGCCAACAAGGUGUGAAUUCAACUAUCCAGACCACUUGUGGUACCAAGAAAACCUAUCAGGAUGUAUCAGGUGGCACGUCACAUGACAUAUCACAUGGGGUACAUGUCCCAGAAGAAUGGAUCUUACAUGGUGCACAAGAAAACUAUUCUGAUUUAUCUGCCAGGGCCAGUUGCUCAAGUGAGUAUGACUCUGAACUUUUACCAACGCAAGCUGACUAUCCACAAGGACAUAGUGCUACUGACGCUGAUACCAUGAUAGAUCAUGAUGGAGGGUUAGAUGAAGACAUUUUGAUGGGAUGUGAUGUGAAAGGUGAAAUAAUGUCAGGUGAUGCAUCAUGUGACAGAUCACAUGCUCAAGGACUGAGUGCUACUGACAGUGCUACUGCAUCAGAUCAUGAAGAAGGCAAUGGAACGGGACCUAGUGACGAAUGUCGAACAACCUUAUCAGACAUCAAACAGUCUUCUUUUUGUCCAGUUUGCAAUGAAAAAUUAACCAGCAGCGAUGACUGGACUGAUCAUUUAAGAUUACACAGCGAACUCUGGCCUCACGAAUGCACCUUCUGCAACAAAAGGUGUGCCACUGUCAAAGAUCUUAACAGACACAUGCGAGUCCAUCCUGGAGCUAGACCACACAAGUGCUCCAUUUGUGGCAGACGCUUCUCGGAAGGAUAUCAUCUCAGAGAACACAUGGCAGUUCAUGCGGCACAGAAGCGAUAUCAGUGCAAGUUUUGCGAGAGGACGUAUGCCCGGAGGGGCAGCCUGUAUGCCCACAUAAAGACACAUGAGAGAACUUAUCAAUGCAAGCAUUGUGACAUGAGGUUUACUCAUCGGAUCAUGCUGUCGGAGCAUACAAGAUCGCAUCACUCGUUGAUUAAAGAAAAAACGUUUGAGUGCUCUAUUUGUCACAGGAAAUUUGCGAGAUCUGCCGACCUCAUCGGUCAUCGAAUAGUCCACACUGGAGAGAAACCUUUUCAAUGUUCUCAGUGUGGCAAAACUUUUUCCUACAAGAGAGUGCUUGUCACCCACGAGAAGAUUCACACAGGAGUAAAGGAUCAUCUGUGCCCCAUCUGUGGGAGGGUGUUUGGUAGAGACUACAUUUUACAACAACACAUGUUAAUACAUUCAGGGGAUCUACCCUACUCGUGUUCCGUAUGUUCUAAGAAGUUUCGGCAAAAGAGUACAAUGGUAAAGCAUAUGAAAAGCCAACACCCAACUCUGGCCACGUAGGUCCGAAUUCACGAAGGUGGUUUUGAAAACCAUUGGUUGAAUCCAAAUUUUUUGUAUCUAGAUUAUGCUCACUUUACCACGUCCAUUGGAAAAUGUCCAAUAUUGAUGCAUAUUAAUGUUAAUAAGCAUGGUGCCAAUGUAGACGAUCUGGUGAAUAUCUUCAAAAUCUACAUUCGCCCACUUUUGGAAUUUGGAUCACCAGUUUGGAGUUUGAGUCUUAUUACAGCCCAGUUGGAAGAACUAGAACGUAUUCAAAAGCGAGCUCUUCACUGCAUUGCAUUCUAGAAUGCUCUACCUUAAGUCGAACAGAAUACAGAGCUGCCAAGUAGUACAGAUUUUCAGUAUUUAGUAUUGAAAAAUAAGAAUACUGAUUGUUUCAUAAAAAUACUGAUUUCUAAUGUUUCAGUUUUAUAUCUUGUCCAAUGGUGUUUCAUUGAAAAUACUAAUUUCCUCACCAAAAUACUGAUUUUCUGCUUUAGGAAUACUGAAAUUUUCUUGUGCAGGUUGGCAGCUCUGAGAAUAAGUUGUACGGACUUAUAACUCUUAAAGAAUGAGAGAUGACCUUUGGACUUGGAUUACUAAAAUCAGAGCGUCGUCCAAAUACGCUCCCCCUACCAGAAGAUCCAAGUCCCACUCGAAUGUCCUGGUGCAGAAUUCUGUAUGCUUGGACAUACCAUUAUGCAGAACUCAGAAGAUAUAAACAAGAAGAUACCACACAUUGUAUCUGUGUUGAAUUCAAAAUGGUUUUGUUGUUGCUCGAUUCCUCUAUUCAGCACUUUCCCAUUGUCAUCCCUUUUCUGAUCUUUCUCUUUUACUCUUUGUCCCUCAUUUCCUUGUUUCUUCUCUUUCCUCUUUUACUUUUCCUCAAGUGAACAUAUAUAUAUCAGCUCGCUGUGAUUUUAACUUUGUGCAAUAUAUAUAGUUUGUUACUGCCAUAUACCUAAUUAUGUUUAAAAUUGUAAUGUUUUCUGAACCUGUUUAAUUAUCCCCCUUCCCCAUUCUCGUGAUCAAGUGAUCUGCACAAUUUUCAAUUUUAGAUCAAGUGAAUGUAAAGUUUGAUAAUUAUUCAAAUAUUGAGUUUAGUAAUAUUGAAAUUUUCGUGCCAAUGCCUAUAUCUCUCUUGCCAUUAUCUCAUUGCCCGUACAUCUCACUGUCUUAUUCUCUUCAUUGUAUUAUGCAUAGUAUGACUUAGAUUCUUGGUAAUUUUUGUUACUGCCAUCUUUUACAAGGUUUAAACCAGUUUUGCGCCCGUUUCUUUCCUUCUAUUUUUCUAAUCCUCCCCUUCUGUUUUUUUUCCAGAUUUUCCCUUCAUCGUCUUCCCCUCCUGUAUCUUUUCUUUCUGUCUCUUUCCUCCCACUCUCUUGCUCUGUUGCCACUCUUUUCCUCAUUCAUCCCAUCUCAUCCUCUCUCUCUUCCUUUUUUCAUUUGCCUUUUUAAAAUUUUCUGUUUCCCGUAAUCUUGGUUUUCUCUUUCUCUCUUUUCUUUCUUUCUGUCCCUGUAUUCCAGGAUUAUACAUGUGACAAGCCCUUAAUGCCUUAGAUAUGUUAUGUUUGAUUUACACCUUCACACUAUGUGACGUUUGUACAUGCUUCAUUGAUCAACAUUUUACUUUUUAAAGUUUUUUUUUUAAUUGUUUAUGUGUAUUAUCAAUCGAUUGGGCGUAAUUUUUAUACUUUAUCUCUUUUUCCAUUAUAUAUUGACUCUCGAUCCUACAUAUACUUUAUUUUCCUUUCUGCAGGACACUGAUCGUUAUUCCUUUUUCUUUAUUUUAUUUUCUUUUAUUUGGUGUUGUCACUGUUCUUAUUCCUUUGUUAUCAACUACUUAAUUUGCUCUAAAAUAUGAUCACCAUUACUCUACUUAUGAUUUCCCAUGAUUAAGGUUAUUAGAAUUUAUGUCUAGGGGGGCUUACCAGUACAAGCUCUGCUUUUUUGAAUCCCCCAUUUUCAUUAUCACCUUACUUAUAAUCUGUAAUAUGUUUGAUUCUCUGAAUUUAUAUUGAAAGAAUGAUUUAUUCAUUAAUUAGUUAUUUUUCCACAUAACAUAACUGAAGUAUUGUUUGGCAAAAAGAAGCUGCUGUAAACUGCUUAUCUAAAAAAAAGAGCCAAUGGGGUAAAUAAGAGUCAAAAGGGGCCUA